AUGCGUGAGGAAGAACUGGAGGUGGCCCUCAAGGUGGUGAUCGUGGGCAAUGGUGGAGUGGGCAAAUCUAGCAUGAUCCAAAGAUAUUGCAAAGGCACUUUCACGAAGGAUUACAAGAAAACGAUAGGAGUCGACUUCUUGGAAAGGCAAAUCGAGGUCGAUGGUGAAGAAGUCCGCCUGAUGUUGUGGGACACCGCAGGACAGGAAGAAUUCGAUGCCAUCACCAAAGCCUACUACCGAGGUGCUCAAGCAUGUGUUCUUGCGUUUUCGACGAUAGACAGGGACUCGUUCGAAGCCGCACAUUCAUGGAAACUCAAAGUUGAAAACGAGUGUGGCGAGAUUCCAACCGUCAUCGUACAAAACAAAAUCGACCUGAUGGACCAGAGCGUCGUUAAUCCCUACCUCCGCAACCGCUCCCCACAACCCCAACAGCGCGACUUAGAUGGCGCUGCAGGCGGAAACGGAAGCUCAAAAUGCGCACCAGAGCGCGCUCAGGCCAAUGUCGACUCUAAGCGUUCAGAAGCGAUUUGGGAAGAAGCUGACCUUCUGGCCCGUGCCCUCGGCUGCCGCCUGCUGAGGACAUCCGUCAAAGAAGACGUCAACGUCGCCGCCGUGUUCCGGCACCUGGCGGCGCGGUGCCUUGCAGAACUUCGAGAUCCUCGAGAUUAUGACUAUUUCACCACCCCCACACCUCACCACCCCAAUUCGCUUACAAUCAGUGCCUUCAGCCCUAGUCAUUCUUCCAAAAACCACAACGGAACGAUAGUAUUGAGGCCCAACAAGCAUAAAAAGAAGAAGAACGUCUUAAAGAAUGCUUGUAGGAUAUUGUGA